AUGGACAGCUUCAUAAGGGAGAGAAUUAUUGGGAGUGUAUUAAAAAGCCAUGAUAUAAAAAAUAUAAACUUAUAUUUAACUAAUAUCGAAGAACAUAUUAUAAAAAUAAAAAAUGAAGGAGGAAGUAUAAUUGAUGAAGUAUUUUUAGCUUUUAAUGGAUCAAUAAGUCAUAUAUCUUUAUAUUCAUAUUUAUAUGACCAUAAUAUUAAUGUUGAUUUAGAUUGCUUAAGUACUAUAUAUGAGCAUGCUUAUAUUGAAGAAGAAAAAUUAGUUGAAGAAGCUAAGGAUGAUAAAGUCGUUGAAAUAGCCAAGUUUGAUUCAGAACUUAUGUAUUAUUUAGUAAAAACAUAUAAAGAGAAUUUUGACGAUGAACAAAAUUUAACUGUUAAAGAUAUUGAAAAUAUAAUAAUAGAAUAUAAAGAAAAAAAAUAUCAAGAGACAAUUAAAUUAUAUAAAGAUAAAUAUCAGGAUGGUAUAAAAGUUUAUAAUACAUUUUUAGAUUUAAGUCAUUUUUAUUAUGAUGAAAAACGUAUGAGAUUUUUAAAAAAAAAAAAAGAAGGAUCUAUAGAAAAUUAUAAUGAAUAUAUAAAUGCAAAUGCAGAUGUAGAAUUUUAUGAUUUAAAAUAUCAUAUAUUAAGUAAAAAAACAAAAGGACAUCCAUCGAUUUUAUUUUGGUCUGAUGCAAUUAAUGAAAUACAUAUCAAAGACAAAACUAUUAUUACAUCUGUUGAUGCUGUAAAACUAACAAAUACUGAUCAUCAGCAUAUUAUUGGAAUUUUAGGAUUAAAUAGGGAUGGUGAUUUAGUUAUACAAGGUAUUAGAAAUGAAGUAAAAUUAGUUAUUAACAAGUCAUGUGUUAUAAACCAUGGAAUAUAUUGUAUCGGUCAUGUUAUACUUGUUCAAGGUCGAAUAAAAUUAACAAAUAAAACAUUUUAUGCCACCGAAAUAAUGCACCCGCCCAGGAACUACCAUGACGAGAAAAAUGAAGGGGAUUUGUUCUACAAUUUUGAAAAUGAAAAAGAUAAGAUUGGAAUGACAGAAUACGAACUAGUCGUAAAAAAUAAUGACAAAAGUCAAAAUUGGAUAAUAAUGCAUGAUAUAUAUUUAGAUAAUCCUUACACUUUUGAAAUAUUAGAAAAAAUGUUUUCUCUUUAUGUAACUACAUACCCAGAUAAUGAAUUACCUGUUGGUUUUAUAUUAAUGGGUGAUUUUAUAAGUUUAAAGUUUGACUAUAAUAAAAAUUUUAAUAAUUUAUAUAUUAAAGGAUUUGAAAAAUUAUCAUAUUUAUUAAUAUCAAAAUUUAAAUUAAUUUUACAAAAUUGUUAUUUAGUUUUUAUUCCUGGAAAAAAUGAUCCAUGUGCAUGUAAAAAUAGUUUACCUAAGUUGCCAAUUCUUCCAUAUUAUAUUAAAAAGUUUAAAGAAAAUAUAGAAUCAUUUUGCCCAUGUGAGGACAGAAUCAUAUUUGCAACAAAUCCAUGUCGGAUCCGACAUUUUAACACAAGAAUGAUAUUUUUUAGACACGAUAUAUUAAAUGAUUUAAUUUGGAGUGCAUCUAUAAAUGCAACAGAUGAUAAUAAACAAAAUCUUCAAAACAUAUUAACAUCAACAAUCAUAGGUCAAAGUCAUAUAUACCCAAUACCUCAUGAUAGUCGAAUACUAAAACGAUAUUCUCCAUUCCUAUUUAUAUAUCCCUUACCAACUUUUAUAUGCAUAUCCGAUAAUACAUGUAAUAGUUUUAUAUCUUAUGCAUCAGAAAAUACUAGUGACUCCAUAAUAUCAAAUUCAGACAUGUCCUUUACUAAAAAAAAAGCCUUUACUGUAUAUAACGUUCUACAGCAUGAGGCAAAGCGAUACAUCGUUCCUGUUUAG